AGUAUACUUCGAUCGGUGGCCGGCAUCUUGAAACUUUUGAUCCAUUGCUACGAAGCAUCGAAAUAUCACGUAUUUAGACACUACUUUGAUAUUUGUAACUGAAUUUUAAAAUCAUUAACAUGGAGAACAUUGAGCGCGAUAAAAAUAUGCAGAAAGGAAGGUUACACCUUUUGAAAAACAAAGGAAAAGAUACAGAGGAGAUGCGGCGGCGACGAAGCGAGGUUACUGUGGAGUUGCGAAAAAAUAAACGUGAUGAACAUCUGCUUAAGAGGAGAAACGUACCUAUCCAGGAAAGCAGCAGUGAUUUAGACUCAGAGAGUGACCGUUUAGUCAACACCACAUCUUUAGAAACUAUUAUACAAAAUGCAAGCAGCGAUCAGACCGCACUUCAGCUGAGUGCAGUACAGGCAGCACGGAAACUUUUGUCAAGUGAUAGAAACCCACCAAUAGAUGAUUUAAUAGGUUCAGGAAUCUUGCCUAUUCUAGUUCAAUGUCUACAGUGUGAGGAUAAUCCGUCAUUGCAGUUUGAAGCAGCAUGGGCACUCACCAACAUUGCAUCUGGGACGUCUGCUCAAACACAGUCAGUAGUAGCUUGUGGUGCUGUACCACUUUUUCUGAAACUUCUUAGUUCACCAAAUCAAAAUGUUUGCGAACAGGCAGUCUGGGCUCUAGGAAAUAUCAUAGGUGACGGUGCACCACUCAGGGACUAUGUCAUACAUCUAGGCGUAGUCAAACCCCUGCUGGCGUUUAUCACACCCGAAUACCCAAUCUCGUUUCUCCGCAAUGUCACCUGGGUCAUAGUCAAUCUGUGUCGUAACAAGGACCCGCCUCCGCCGAUGGAGACGAUCCAGGAGAUUCUUCCAGCACUCAUCAGCCUCAUACACCACACUGAUAUAAAUAUUUUGGUGGACACAGUGUGGGCAUUUUCCUAUUUGACAGACGGUGGAAAUGAACAGAUACAGAUGGUGAUCGAUUCGAGAGUAGUACCCUUCCUUGUUCCGCUGCUCAGUCACCAGGAGGUCAAAGUUCAGACGGCAGCACUGCGAGCGGUCGGUAACAUCGUGACAGGCACGGACCAGCAGACGCAAGUCGUGCUGAAUUGUGAAGCACUCGCCCAUUUCCCGGCUCUGCUAUCACAUCCCAAGGAAAAAAUCAACAAGGGCGAGAUCUUCCCAAUAACAGAAGAGGCAGCGGGGCAGUCACAACUCACCAUGAUGGCUGGCGAGAAAGUCAGAGGGGUAGCCAGCAUGAUUGAAGAAUGCGGAGGUCUAGAUAAAAUAGAAGCACUACAGAGUCAUGAAAACGAAGACAUAUACAAACUAGCAUAUGAAAUUAUUGACAAGUACUUCUCUGAUGAUAUUGAUGAAGAUCCGAACCUUGUACCGGACAGCACACAGCAAGGCUACCAAUUUGAUGUAAAUCCUGAAAUACCGAACGAGGGUUUCAAAUUUUAGGUUAAUCUGUAUACGAAAUAGACCAACGUCAUUUACAGUAUUUAAUUUCGUGUAAAGUAAUUUCGGCAAAAUAACUGUAAUUUUCUCGCACACAGAAUCUUUCCAACAUUUUUGUUUUGCCUAACCCUGUCCUUUUCAAUACAGUGGUUUUAUGGCAAUAGCCAUCUUGUGGAAGAAAAGAGUACUGACUAGCUGUUAGGUUAAUAUAAUGUUUCGCGUUUGAAGAAAAGUUAUCAUGGCAGACUUUGUAUGAAGCUUUAACCUUUAGCACUGUUUGCAUCUCAGUGAUUGAAGGUGAACGCAGUGCAGUAUUCGUUCUACAGUGUUUUUUCCUGUCCGGUUAAACAUUGCUAGGCUACAUGUCAAACAUGUGCCCUCUCAUUGAAGAAUCAAACACCUGUCUUGUAAAUGACUCCCCAUGCAUAACCAGCAAACGUCGAGUUACUCGAACUGUGUUUCUAAUUUGAUUAGACUGCGCUUACCACCAGAGGGCAUUCAUCCUACGUGGUGGCGCUACUGUAAAAUGUAGGUGGCGCCACUGGCGAGAGGAGACUGUUGGUGUGCAUGAGUGAGCAGGAUGAUGGCAGCGGGGGUGUCACAGUCUUUCACGGCUGCUGUUAGUGUAUGCAUCCUUGUUGUCAUGCCAGUUGUGCAAGAAAUGAUUUACACAUGAGCUUCAAGGAGCGGAGAAACGCGGUGAAUUCGGUGCUAUCUUGCGGACAUUCACCGAAGUUUUUUUUUUUUAUUAUUGAGUGAUUCUGAAACGUGGCUGGCCAUAGUGUAAAUAAUAGUUGAAAAUCUUCGCGUUAAGCAUGCGGUAAAUCAUUUCUUGCCACUGUGUGUAAAUUGUUAUAACAGGUUGAUGACUUUUCAACUGUUUUUAUUUAGUGAUUUUUCUAAUUUGUAAAAUUGUAUUGAAUGUAGUAAACUCCUCCCAAGUGGUUAGAACAAUAUCAGUUUAGUAUUUUUUAGUUUCUGCAAUAGUUACUCGGCUUGUUAUAUGGUUGCUAAGUGUAAAUGUUUUUGUAACAACCCUUUCCUUGACUUGAUGGGGUUUUGCCACAGAAUCCUGCUUUUAUUUGCAUUGGCGUGUUGAUCCGGUGCAUGAAUAGGGCGUAUUCUCAUGUGAGUGAUAAAUCGUUCUAUCUAUCGGAACCAGGUGGCCGGUCUACCAAGUUGAUAACAUCGGCCAAAAUGUAGGAAUUAACUUGGAGCAACAGAAGCUUGGCUAGGGGCAUUUUACAGAGAAAAUGAGAAACGUAAGCAAACGGAAAGCUGCACCUUUGUGCCGGAAUAGUGAUUGUGCUAAGGAGCUGGUUUUCUUCUUUUGUUAACGUGUAGAUAGUGUCUACUCGCAGAAAAGCAAGUUCCCUUGAAUGUACCCUCUCCACAUGAGUAAAGGUUGAGCUAGAAAAAUGUCAGGUCAUAUGUUAUUAACAAAUUGAUGAGUUUACAGGUUACUGAUGCAAUAACGGUACCUCAAAUGGUACCGGCUGCUCUUUUAUGCCAAACGCCAGCCAUUUGUGUACUAGUGAACAUUAUAUUGUGAGUUGAUAUUUUAAGACUGUUGUUUAUAUAGGUUGCCAAUGUAAACACGAUAUGGCAAGGUCGAAAUUUCGUUAUCAAAAUUGCUUCAAAUGAUUUAUGUAACAUGAUCCCUAUUAGGUAGGCAAAAAGGGAAAUUCUGUAAUUGUAAAUAUUGAUGUCUCCGGUGUACAGCUUUACUUCGUUAUAUAUUAUACACACACACAGACAGACAGCCAGCCAUGCACGCACGCACGCACACACACACGCACGCACGCGCACACACACACAUUCACACUCUCAUACGCACUUUUAAAUCAGGUUCUUUGAAAAUAGCAGUGGAAUUAUACUUAACAGUUUGACUUGUCUGGCAAUAUGCGUGCGCAUGCGCUUCACAUUACAUGGCAGGUAUGUAGUUCGUGUUGGUGUGAGACCCCAUGACUGUAGGUGCAUGGCAUAUUCAAUCCACGUUAUUUUGCCUUUAAUGAGUUAUCAGCAGGCUAUUUUACCCGGCAGUUGAUCCCAGGAUACUUGUAUUUGAGAUAUAGAAGUGAACAUGCAAAUCCUAGCCAGCAAGUGUGAGCACACAGCUUGCAAAGGCCCCGAUGACUUGUUUUAUAUGGUUUUGUACAGUAAAUGGUUUUUCUAACGCUGUAUUUUUGUAUUUUAAAAAUGGGAGAGACGGCACUAAAAUGGCCUGGUGAGCUUUUAAUACCUCGGUGUAGCGUAUAUUAUACUAAUGGUGCUUCAUACUAGUUGUCGCCGGCUGGGGGCGCCACCAGCCGUGCUGUGCAAUAGUAGGCGGCAUGGAACUACUUGGUGUAGUCUCGUCGUGUAAGUGACGGCAUGUGUGCGUGUGUGUGCAGCUAUGGCGAGGCUUGCUGGCCACCGCCGUGCUGCACGGAGACUGAUGAACUAGUAUCGCCACUACGGGAAAGGACAGACGGAGUCCGUACGAGGGUUGUGGGAGUAUCGUGCUGCUGCAGUGUGAAGCUGACACAAGCGAUGUCCCUGCGUGCGUGAUCUGUAAUGUCGGUGUAAUGACGAUACAAGUCGCUCGUGUGUGCGCAGGGCAGAUAGGGCGUGCGCGUGACCGUUGGUGAGCUAUACUCGGCGUCUACGGCAAUGCUGUAGAAAUGCUACGUGUUAUGAUGCGAUGAUUCGAUUUUAGCAAUUGCAUCGAUUGGUCUCGAUAGGAGAAAAAUUGCCAGCCUUCUAGUUGCGGCGUUCCUUUGAAACAGAAUAGCAGGCUGCGUAUUAAAGUGUCGUUUCUCGUAUGAAGCACCAGGAUCGUAUUCUGAUUGUAAAAUACGAUGUUACCAAAAUGGCUAAGGAUAUCCUUGUCAACUUUUGGUGUUACUAACAAGCCUGUUUCAAUAUAAACACGAUAGCUGUGCGCAUAGUGAAUGGGCAUAUAAGUCAAAUGUGAAACAGGUUUGGUAGAUGGCUGUACAUGUGUUCAUGCAUAUGGUAAAUAAUUAAUAGAGUAGUAGUGUAUGUUUAUUUGUACCUGUCAUUCGAUGGGAAAUUUGUAUUCCUUAAUAGCAGUUUGGUAUAACAGCAAUUUUUGCUCAAGAGCCGUUUAAUGUGAAAUACGCGAAUCCCUGAAUGUAACACAGUUAGCAAAGGCUACUCAUUGAUUAUGGACUAAAUAAUUCUUAUCUGUCUUUCCUACAGA